AUGGCACGAGCAACUGCUUUUAAUUGUUAUACAGUAGGAGAAUUUUUCACCAAUCUAAAAGAUGUUCGUCUACGACACAAGUUUCAGCCACAAAACAUAUAUAAUGUUGAUGAGACAGGUCUCACAACUGUUCAAAAACCAGUUAAAGUAAUUGCUAAAAAAGGAGAUAAACAAGUUGGAAGGAUAACUUCAGCAGAAAGAGGGACAUUGGUAACAGUUUGUUGUGCAGUCAAUGCAAUAGGAAACUCAAUCCCUCCAUUUUUUAUUUUUCCAAGAGUUCAUUUCAAAGGAAGUAUGAUAAAUGGUGGUCCACCUGGAUGUGUUGGGGUUGCAAACCCAUCUGGUUGGAUGAAUGUUGCAACGUUUUUAGAGUGGAUGAAACAUUUUAUUGAAAAUGUGAAAUGUUCACCAGCUAAUCCAAUGCUUUUACUUCUUGACAACCAUGAGAGCCAUGUUUCAAUUGUGUGUUUAGAUUUAGCAAAAAAAAAUGGCAUAACUAUGCUGUCCUUUCCACCACAUUGUAGUCACAAGUUGCAGCCAUUAGAUCGGUCAGUUUAUGGGCCACUGAAACGUUAUUACAAUGCAGCCUGUGAUGAUUGGAUUGUAUCUAAUCCAAGACCGAUGACCAUAUAUGAUAUAGCUUCAGUUGUAAGGAAAGCCUAUGCACAAGCUUUUACUUUGUCUAACAUUUCUGCAGGAUUUGCUGUGGCAAGAAUUGAACCCUUCAAUCCUAACAUAUUUUCUGAUAAUGAGUUUUUGUCUUGA